AUGGAGUUCUCGGAGCUGAUCAAGACGGCGACGGUGGAGAGCGUGGUGCUGUCGUGCGCGGGGCUGCCGGCGGUGAAGGGCACCCUGUGCAUCACCAGCCACCAACUGCUCCACUCUUCAUGUCCCGGGGGGGACGCCCAGCCCGGCACCGGCACUGUGGAGCUCUGGCUGCUCAUCCGCAACGUGGACGCCGUGGAGAAGAGGCUUGCCGGCUCCUCCGGCACCAUCACGCUCCGGUGCAAAGACCUGAAGGUACUGCAGCUGGAGAUCCCUGGCAUGGAGGAGUGUCUCAACAUCGCCAGCUCCAUCGAGGCUCUCUCCUCGGUGGACUCCGUGAUGAUGAUGUACCCGUUCUUCUACAGACCCCAGAGCCUGAAGCUCGAGGAAGGAUGGCACCUUUUCCCCCUCGAGCAGUACUUCCAACAGAUCGCCUCGCAGGUGAGCCGGGAAGGGAGACACCCGGUGAUGCUUCGCAGCAGCCAGCCGCUGAUGGGCCCCAACCGAAAGCGUUGCCGCGAGGACGAGAUGCUGCUGGGGACGGUCCUGGAUGAGGAGGACCGGGGGUUUAUCAUCGACACGCGGUCAGCCCAGGCGGCGAAGCAGGCUCGGAUGACGGGGGGAGGCACAGAGCCCAAAUCCUCCUACCCGCAGUGGAAGAGGCUGCACCGGCCCCUGGAGAGGCUGGUGACGGCGCUGGCCCAGGUGAUCCUGGACCCAUCCUGCCGCACGCUGGUGGGCUUCCAGGGGCUGCUGGAGCGGGAGUGGAUCGAGGCCGGCCAUCCCUUCCACCUCCGCUGUUCCCGCUCUGCCUACUCCCAUGCCCGGCUGAAGCAGGAGGCGCCGCUUUUCCUCCUCUUCCUCGACUGUGUGUGGCAGCUGAGCCGCCAGUUCCCCUUCUCCCUGGAGUUCAGCGAGCGCCUCCUCCUCACCCUCUUCGACAACGCCUACGCCUCCGUCUAUGGCACCUUCCUCUGCAACAAUGAGAAAGAGAGGUGCCUGUGUAAAGUGAAGGAGAACACGCACUCCCUCUGGGCUUGGCUGAACCAGCCUGGGGAGAGAAAGAAGUACCUGAACCCUCUCUACUCGCACAACGCGCUGGUCAUCUGGCCCUCCGUUGAGCCACAGAGCAUCCAGCUCUGGCAGGGUUUAUUCUUCCGAUGGGUCCGUUCAUCCCAGUACCUGGACGAGGCCUGGACAGAGAUCCAGCGGUUAGCAGAAGGCAACGAGCCCUCCGUCAAGGAGAGCGCAGGGAAGAGGCUGAGCCAGUCCCUCUCCGCCCCCGCUGCCCGGACGGAGAACGAAAGAUGA